AUUGAUCUCUCAUAUCAGAUCACGUGAUCGAACGGUGGAGAAACGCUCUCUACAAUAAGGCUUUAAAGCCCAUAAAACCCUUAAAUAUAUCAAAGCCCAAAAGAAACGCCUUUUGCGCUUUCCCGAUCGUGGUCAACUUCCUCUGUUACCAAAAAAUCUGUACCGCAAAAUCCUCGUCGAAGCUCGCUGCUGCAACCAUGUCCGACGAGGAGCAUCACUUUGAGUCCAGUGACGCCGGAGCGUCCAAAACCUACCCUCAACAAGCUGGAACCAUCCGUAAGAAUGGUUACAUCGUCAUCAAAAAUCGUCCCUGCAAGGUUGUUGAGGUUUCAACCUCGAAGACUGGCAAGCAUGGUCAUGCUAAAUGUCAUUUUGUAGCUAUUGAUAUCUUCACCAGCAAGAAACUCGAAGAUAUUGUUCCUUCUUCCCACAAUUGUGAUGUUCCUCAUGUCAACCGUACUGAUUAUCAGCUGAUUGACAUUUCUGAAGAUGGAUAUGUCAGUUUGUUGACUGAUAACGGUAGUACCAAGGAUGACCUUAAGCUCCCUAAUGAUGACACUCUGCUCCAACAGAUCAAGAGUGGGUUUGAUGAUGGAAAAGAUCUAGUGGUGAGUGUGAUGUCAGCUAUGGGAGAGGAACAGAUCAAUGCUCUUAAGGACAUCGGUCCCAAGUGAGACUAACAAAGCCUCCCCUUUGUUAUGAGAUUCUUCUUCUUCUUCUGUAGGCUUCCAUUACUCAUCGGAGAUUAUCUUGUUUUUGGGUGACUCCUAUUUUGGAUAUUUAAACUUUUGUUAAUAAUGCCAUCUUCUUCAACCUUUUCCUUCUAGAUGGUUUUUAUACUUCUUCUAAUUGAUUGAUUCUUUAUGGUUGUCCAAGUGUCAAAGUGUUCCACCCAUAUGAUUCUAACCUUUUGAUGAGCGAAGUCUUUACUCGUGCGUUAU